GAACUUUUUAGGCAAUCUGUUAACGAAAAACGAGUUAUACUUCCUUCCAAAUUUUUUUUUCAUUUAUUUUAACUUCCUUGUACAUUGAAUUACACACAGCUAUGUCGUUUGCGGCGAACUUGCAGUUGGUAAUUCGGACAAAAAAUCGUUGUUUAUCGCGUAGAGAGAUUAUUCGUGCAAGGUUUGUCUCAUAGUUUGACGCUGCGCUAAGGUUUGACCAUGAAGUUAUAUAUAAUAUUGGUGUGACGCAAAGAAGUAAAAAUUUGAUUACUACUUGACUCGCAUGUUGACAUAUUUGCCGUUAAAAUAUUUGCUGUAAUGUAAACCACUAUUUGAGUUAUUAAUCAGUUGAAGUAAAGAUUCAACAAGGAAACAAAAUACCCUCAGUUGAAAUGCCUCCUAAAGGAAAAAAAAAUAAGUCUAUGACGACUAUUGAUAUAAAAUCUAGUCCGUUCGAUCUAUCAGAUAUAUGUAUAGCAUCUCCUCGUUAUGUGAGCUUAAGGCUGACUCUAAAAGGUGCUCCUCCUGGGCCUGGAGACUGGCCAUUUAUGGCAAUCUUUAAUGGUCAAAUAGUUUUAGAAGGAAAGUGGAGGGAUGGUCGUGUACUGGAAAGCGAAGCUUUGUCUCUGGAUCUGAAAGGACUGCACAGUCAGAAUUUGGUCGCAGAUCUGCCUGUUAUAUUAAUGGUACGAACUGUUGGAGGAAAAGGCACGAGAGAUCUUGAUCCUCUACUAAAUGCUGAUAAUAGAGCCGGUGCUACCGUUGAUUUAUUUCCACUGAUUAUGGGCGAAGAAGAAAUUAGAGUUCUAGUCCCAUUAGUAUUGAUUGGUACUGGCGAGUCUACAACUUGCACUGUAGAAGUUUAUGCAAAAUCAGCGGGACUUUCUGAUAACAUUAGAGUUCCUCUCAUUAUGACUAUACUAUCUGCUAAUUGUUUGCCCUACGCUAAAGAAGGGACAGUUUAUAUUUCCGCUAUCGGGUUGAGUGAGGUACUGGAAGAUCCAGUCGUAAAUUUCGGUAUGUCUCUUAGUGUAAAAAAUGCUUUGAAAACUGUUUGGGCAACUGCUAGUAACGCAGGGCAUGCAGCGAAUACUACGAUGAAUGUCCCUAAUGAAGACAACUUUAUUCCACAAGAACUUGUAGUAAAAAACGGUGAUAAAUGUAAUUCAGUAUACUGGAAUGCUAUGAAAAGGGUCUUAGUUGAUCCAUUGUUAUUAAGUAAAAGGUUAUUGUCACCUCUUAUGAUUGAAAUAGCUGGUGUACCCAGGAUGGGGAAAAUAGAGAUUCGCGGACGCUAUAUGGGAUUUGUGGAUGCAGGAGCACUAUUAGAGCCUGGAGAAUAUGGAGUUACAGUUUGUGCAAAAUUAUUGUUUUAUAAUGAAGCUAAGCUACCUGAUAAUGUUGGUCCACUGUUAGAAUUACCGCCUAGUAGCGCAAAAAUUAGUGCUCGAGACACCGAUUUUGUAAUAGAUGAAUUUGGCCACGAUGCUUAUAUUGUAAUCAGGUUCGAUGUAAUGGAACCGUUGAUGCCAAAAUUGAAAUUCACUUGGUUAUAUGAGACACUUGGAUUUCCCCCUCCAGAAGGAUCACCAUUACCAGUUGAUGUCUUGGAUAUAGACACAUUACAAGAAGAUCCUUCGAUUGAUGUGAGACGUAUACGAAAAGAAGGCGGCGCUUUGGCUGUUCAUAAGGAACUAAGCAAUUUGGCUUGCCGAGGUGCUGUUCCAAUGAAUCAAGGUAUUAAAAGAACAGCUGCCAAUCGGUUACUUAAGAGAGUAAGAACAAUGCUUAAACAAUUUCCUCCUGGUGACUGUUCAGUUAUAGAUUGGCAAGAUACAGUAACAGCGCAACAUGCUGCUAGCAGACGUGCUGUGACGGCCUCUUUUUCACCACAACCUCCAGCGCAAGAGCCCACUUCAACAGUUGCAGCUGCAAGAUGUCGUAUGGCGGGAGAUACUAGGAUGGCCGAUAUGCAUUUAAAUAUUAAUCUGCAAGCAUUUAAGAAUCAUCCCAGACCGUUACUUAACAAAGCGUUACGCUUAUUAGAAGAAAAUAAAGAAGCCGGUGCCAGGAUUUAUUUACUUGAGGCUUUGAGCAUCCACACCCGUAAUAAAUUUCUAUUGUGGACAUUUGGUGCUCAAGAGUUCAACAAAGGCCGCGAAGGCUUCGAAAUGGCAUGUGCUGCCUUCCGUAUAGCAGUAAAAGGUGAUAGUUCUGAUGGUACCACUAAUGCUAUCGGCUGGGCCGCCCUGCACGCGUUAUAUCACUCGAAUGAAAACAUUCACGCCGCAUUCAUUGCAGCCAAGAGAAUGAGAAAAUGCUUUGAACUACCAAAAGAAUGGAACUUGUUUCUUAGUAGGUGGAUUGCGAUAAGUGGAGAAGAAGAAACAUUUUGGUUGUCGACAACCAUAUCCUCAGAAAAUCCUAUUUUGAUAGCAGCCGCUUUCUUUCUUUGUUUACGAUGCUAUGCAUUUAACGAAAGGUUAUUAAAAUGCUACGAAGAAAAUUGCGCAAGUCGAGGUUCUCGUUUGGGAUUAAAAUUUGUAAUUGGACCCGACUUGUAUUAUAUUAAAGCGGCAUCAUUCAUUUUAAGGCGGGAGACGGUUAAGGCUUUGGAUGUGACCACGAUGGGCUUGAAAAGAUUCGGUCCUUCAGCAAUUAUGUCUCAAAUGCGAGCUACUUGUCUAUCUGUCAUGCGAGGUUGGGAUGAUGAGUGUGAGUCUGCUCUCGAGGAGGCAGAGAAAGCUGGUGCAGAGAUAUGUCCUUCGUUGCUAUUAAAGGCUGCUGUAUCUGGUUUUGACUUAAACCCGCACUUGUCUCUCCAAAGAGCAGCUCGAGUGCAUAAAAUAACACCGUCCGCUUACUCAGCCCUCGUUAUUGGUCGUAUUUAUAAAAAAAUAGAUGAAGGAAACCUUGCGGAACGAUGGGCUGCUAUAGCUGUGAAAAUGGAACCGAAAUUGGCUGAUGGCUGGGCGCUUUUGGCCUUACUUGCUAUGUAUGAUAGAGAUGUACAUAGAGCGAGAGCUAUGCUUCGUACUGCGAAACAAGCGGGCCCUGUAAGUCAGGACCUAGAGGAAGAAGUAAAAAAGGUUAUGGAUUUAAUCCAAGUGGAAACAUUACCGGAUGUUCUGGUUAAGAAUUUAUGUUUUUGUGAUUAUUAUUAGUCGUAGGCACUUUAAAUAAAUUAAACGUUUUAAUAUAUAAUCCUGUCCACAGUGUUUGUAACAAAACUCCUCCAAAACGGCUUGUCCGAUUCUUAUGAAAUUUUGUGUGUAUAUUUAAUAGAUCUGAGAGUAGGAUGUAAACUUUUUUCAUACCGAUAAGGUUAGUUCACACCAUUUUUUUAGGACAUUUGUUUUUCAGAUUCGCCAUUAAAUAUACAUAUCAACACUAAAUUUUCUCCUUUCUGCCACUAACCCCUAAUUUUAUGACGGUACGAAAUUCGCAGGGUCAGCGAGUAAUUUUAAAAUUAUCUUUGUAUUAUUGAUCAUUUAAGUAAGUAACGGCAAUAAUGAUCCGGGUGGAUGUGCUUUUCCAAUAAAUGUUAAUAUUUCUGAAUAAAAAGAUAAUACCAAUUUAAUUGAUUUACUUAAUGGACAAUAAUGAGGUAAAUAAAUAACGAAAUUAGUUAUUUUUCAGUACCUAUAAAGUUACAAAGAGUAGUCAUUACAAAACGUAGUGUCGCCAAAAUGAGGAGCGUUAACGUUGCCGUCGUGAUAAAAAUAACUACUGCAGUGCUAUUUUGUAGAGUAGGAGUUCACGCAGUAGAAAUGACAGCGUCGUAGCACGAAAGUGGGUUAGGAGAUUAUAUACACCAUCCCACAUACUCGAUGUGUCUAUUGAUAACGGGCCGAUAUGCUGAUAACGAGCGCACUAUAUGACAUGAAAUUACGAGUCAGCUUUACAGGAAAUAUGAUAAUCCGACUCAUACUUCAUACACCUUCUAGUCUAAAGUUGAAAUUUAUUUCGUGUUGAUUAAAUGCCGAAUGUUUAAUUCUGUACGACGUGGUUGCAUCAUUGCGGGAAGGUACGCGGUCAGACUCAGAGCGACAUACACAAACAAUCUCUGAGGUGGAACGACCGGGCUCUUUGUUUUGAGUUGAGUUUCAAACAAGAUCUCGGAUAAUGUGAAGCCGGAAGCACGAUGGCCCUCUCCACGAAUUGUUGGAAAUAUCUUGUGUUAACAUUCAACGCCCUAUUCGCUAUGUCAGCAGUGGUAAUGUUUGGUGUAAGCGGAUUUCUUCUCUACAGACUCUUCGUAUACCGUCAUUUCAUUGGAGUCAAUGUGGAGUAUCCUGCUAUACUGCUACUGAUGAUGGCUAUUAUCACUUGCUCAGUGGCGUGGAUCGGUUGGCGAACAGCGAAAUCUAUGCACCACUUUCAUAUAGUUUUGACUGGGGUGCUCAUCUUCUUGGUGGUAGCAGUUCAGUUUUCGUGCUUCGUAUGGGCUAUGGUGGUGUGGGACAGCGUAGACAUUGACAUCAAGAACUCCAUGACCAGUUUCUUCGAUGUCGCUAAUGAGGUCAACAACCCCAACUCGCCGGAAUCCAUUCGGUGGGACAGGUUGCAUGUCCAGAAGGGCUCCGUGCCGUUCUCGUGCUGCGGGCAGGGUCCUCUGGACGCCAAGUUCAAACCAUAUACGGCAGACUGCUCGACGCUUUAUCAGAGGGGCUGUGCGAAGCCCCUGCACCAGUAUACGCGGCAGCAGUUGCUAAUGGUGGCAAUGGCGGCGCUCAUAUCUUCAGUACUGCAGAAAUGA